AUGUCUCCCGGCAAUCGGCAGAAUGCCCAGAUCCAUGGCUUGGUGGGAAAGCCGUUGCUAUACUUCACGAGUGUAUUUGUAUCGCUAGGCGUCUUCCUCUUUGGCUACGAUCAAGGUGUCAUGUCCGGCAUAAUAACCGGAUGGUACUUUCGCGAUUACUUUGGCCAACCGUCUCGGGCUACGAUCGGCACCGCGGUGGCCAUUCUUGAAGUCGGCGCCUUCGUAUCCUCACUUCUUGUAGGACGUAUCGGUGAUUUGAUCGGCCGCCGCAGGACCAUUCUCUACGGGUCCAUCGUGUUCUUCAUAGGCGGCGCUCUACAAACAUUUUCAACCAGCAUGGCCUUUAUGAUGGUGGGUCGAAUCAUCGCCGGUCUAGGCGUCGGUGCUCUGUCGACAAUUGUGCCCGUUUAUCAGUCUGAGAUAUCGCCUCCACACAACAGAGGAAAGCUAGCCUGCAUAGAGUUCACCGGCAAUAUUUCUGGAUAUGCAACCAGUGUGUGGGUGGACUACUUUUGUAGUUAUAUCGAGUCAGAUUACUCCUGGCGCUUGCCCUUGCUUUGUCAGUGCGUUAUGGGCGCAUUACUUGGUAUGGGGAGCUUGAUCAUUUGCGAGUCGCCAAGAUGGCUCCUAGAUAAUGACCAUGAUGAAGAAGGCAUGGUUGUGAUUGCCAACCUCUACGGCGAGGGAGACAUUCACAACGACAAGGCCCGUCAAGAAUACCGCGAGAUCAAAAUGAACGUUCUGCUGCAACGGCAAGAAGGUGAAAGAUCUUAUUCCGACAUGUUUCGGCGCUACUCCAAGCGAGUCUUGAUUGCCAUGUCGGCGCAGGCAUUGGCCCAGCUGAACGGAAUCAAUGUCAUUUCCUACUAUGCGCCCCUGGUCUUUGAAUCGGCUGGUUGGGCUGGUCGAUCCGCCAUUUUGAUGACUGGAAUCAACGGCAUUACAUACCUGCUAUCCACCAUUCCUCCCUGGUAUCUGGUGGAUAACUGGGGUCGGCGUCCCAUUCUUCUAUCGGGAGCCGUGGCCAUGAUCAUCUCACUCUCCAUGAUCUCGUACUUUAUCUAUAUCGAGAUCCCUGCCACCCCCACCUUAACUGUCAUCUUUGUCAUGCUCUACAAUGCUGCAUUCGGGGCUUCCUGGGGUCCAAUUCCCUGGCUCUACCCACCGGAGAUUCUGCCCUUGAGCAUCCGCGCGAAAGGAGCGAGCCUGAGCACUGCAUCCAAUUGGGCGUUCAACUGGCUUGUUGGAGAGGUGACCCCCGUGCUGCAGGGUGCCAUCAAGUGGCGAUUAUACUUGGUGCAUGCCUUUUUCUGCGCAUGCAGUUUUGUUCUUGUCUAUUUCUUAUAUCCCGAGACCAGCGGUGUCCGGCUAGAAGACAUGAACAUAUUGUUUGGAGAUGCAUCCACCGCUAUGCCCACUCCUGCUACGGAGGGUGAACGGGGGUCUCUGAUGGGUGCUGGCUCGCCCGUCCCUUCGCUCGAUAUUCGUCGGCAGUAUGGCCAAUUUGGUGCGGAGAGCGCCAUCCCGGGGCUUGAUAUUGAUCCACCCUCAUUAAGCAACAGUGGUCCUAGCAAAGCUGCACGACGCGAUUCGCAGAGUACUCGGGGAGAGGGUAUUGGUGGCUGGAUCUCGAACAUGGUCAAUCGCCACCGAGGGCCGGGUGUUGGUAGCAGCCCGAGUCAGUACAAACGUCUUGAUCAAGGAGAGGAAGGAGAUGGAGCAUAG